GUUCAAUGACUAUUUCUCAUCAACGAAUAUAGAGAACAACGAUUCGAUUACUUUCAAGAAAUAGACCAAGUAUUCAAAAAUCACUCAGAAUGUUACCUCUUAUCACCCUCGAGGAACACUUUCUUUCCUCCGCAGUGCUUGCCGCCCAACAAGCAAGCGGGGCCCCUGACCCAUUCGCAGGAUUCCCAGUUCAAAUCUCCAGGAAACUAAAAUCCCUUGACAGUGAACGGGUAAAGGAUAUGGAUGAUGGAAACAUCUCUCUACAAAUUCUUUCUCAUGGUCCUAUGGAUCAUGCUCCUCUCAAAUUGUGUCAAGAAAUCAACGAUGAACUCGCAGCUGCUAUCUCCAAGAAUCCGUCCCGUCUAAAAGGGUUCGCAACUUUACCUAUGGGCUCGCCUUUAGACGCAGCUCAAGAGUUAGAUCGAUGUAUCAAUAAACUCGGCUUUGUGGGCGCAUUAAUUGACAACCAUCUUGACGGCGAGUUCUACGAUGAUGAGAAAUUCUGGAGUGUUUUUGAAAAAGCUAGUGCUUUGGAUGUACCUAUCUAUAUCCAUCCCAAUUUCACAGCUGAGAAGGAUAUGAGCAAAUACCGUGGCAACUAUCCUGAGGGUGUAGCAAUGGCGUUGAGUAAUUGGGGACUAGGGUGGCAUUUCGAUACUGGGCUUCAUUUUUUGCGUCUCUAUGCUGCGGGAUUGUUUGAUCGGUUUCCGAAGUUAAAAAUAGUGUUGGGUCAUAUGGGUGAGCUUUUGCCGUUUAAUCUGGAGAGGAUAUUCAAGGCGUCCGGGAGAUGGGGAAGGGAGAGGGGAUUAGAAAAUGUUUGGGAGGAAAAUUUGUGGGUUACUACGAGUGGGAUGUUUUCGUUGGCGCCUUUGGCGUGUUUGGUGCAGACAAAGGGGAAGGAUAAGAUUCUAUUUAGUGUCGAUUAUCCUUUCUCGGAAAAUGGGACGGGGAGGGAUUUUGUGGAGAGGGUGGUUAAGAGUGGACUUUUUGGGGAGGAAGAUUCGAGGGAGAUGAAGGGGUUUGCGUUUGAGAAUGCGGAGAGGUUGUUGAAGGUUAAGGCUAGGGAGUGAUGUGGUAAUUGACGACGAGAAGUCUGGUUAGUGGUGGGAUGUGCUUUGUAUCAUUAUUCUACUUUAUAUCUCAGCUCUAUUUCCGGUCGGAUGUUGGGAAAUUCAAUUGAUACCCCUCUUGCUCAGUCUUCGUAUUGUCAUCUUUGGAAAGGAGACUCAACCUGCAAACUGACCGCAGCUAAUUCCUGAUAGCUAUUAGCUAUUAGCUAAUAGCUACAUAGAUACUCAUAGAUAUCAUGUAGUCUCACAAUAAAAACA